AUGCCUCCAGCAAUCAACAACGAUCUCGACCCACUCCAUGUACCGAUCAUACUCCAAAAAGAACCCGAUUUCGUGUGCCAAUAUGAGAACUGUGCAAAGUCAUUCAAACGCAAAGCAAAACUCAUAGAACAUGAGCGAGUCCAUACCGGGGAGCGUCCUUUUGCAUGCACCUAUCCUGGAUGUGAUAAGACGUAUCGCCGAUCAACGCAUUUGACAGCUCACGUUCGUACGCAUGAACCCGAAACAGCACGUCCAUUUCAUUGCUCGCACGAGGGUUGUACAAAAUCUUUCCAAAGUCGAUCGCAUUUGAAUCGUCAUGAAAAGACGCAUGGUGAACCAACAUUCAAGUGUACAUGGGAAGGAUGCACUGAGGCAUUCACCAAGAAAUUCCAAUUGAGGCAUCACAUGUGUACGCAUACUGGCAAGAAGGCUUUCCCUUGUACAUUCGAAGGAUGCGACAAAAGCUUUCCUACUGGAUCUAAGCUUCGACGCCAUGAAACAAUCCAUUCGAACAAGCCUCAAUACAUGUGCAGCUUUUCGGAUUGUGACGCCAAAUUUGUCAAAUGGUCAGGCCUGCAACACCAUAUCAUGAAUGACCAUCCUGUCACUUGCAGCUUUUGUGACCGAGAAUUCGAUCGGCAAAGUCGCCUCACUCGCCACAUUAAACGAAAGCACAUCAAACGAGAUCCUGUUCCUUGUGCAUGGCCUGGUUGUGAUCAAACCUUUUCAUCGAAUGCAAGCAUGAAAACCCAUAUUCUUUUAUUGCAUGAGCGCAAUACUCGGUACAAGUGCAGUUUUGAAGGAUGUGACAAAGGAUUCCCUUACAAGUCGAUCCGUGACAAUCAUGAAAAGUCUCAUCAGAGAAUACGUGCUUCACCCAAGCGUAGCCGUGAACCCAAAAGGACGAUUCUUGAUGAGAUCACUGGAUUUAAUUACGCUGGCGAAGGCUCCAAGCGAUCAAUACCCUGCCCGUUUGACAAUUGCAAUUUUAUGUUUAUCCGCAAAUACGACUUGGAACGGCAUCUUCAAAGCACCGUACAUCAAGACGACAUGGACCUCGUGGAGGAGGAAGACGAGGAGAAGCAAAGAAGGCACAAGAGGAUACACGUUGAGGACAUUUCGGAUUUAAUGGAACAAGACAACCCGGAACACAAUGAGACAUGCAUAUAUUAG